GCGAUGGCCUCGACGCCCCAGUGAGGGGUGAAAGGACGAGGACCAAGUCCCCCCGACACUGCCACGUCCCCCCCAGGAGAGCCAUGGAGGCCCCCCUGGACGUGCCCGUAGGGAACCUCAUAGACUUUGAUGCCGAAACGCCUGCCGGCAUCCCCUCGGAGUCCUCUCCUCCCGCUGCCCCCAGCGGCAACGGGCACCUGGGGGAUGCAGGGGACACGGUCGGGGAGGAGAGCGAUGCCACCGAGUCGGCGGACAGCGAGAACGACAUGGGUGACUCUCCCAGGCACUGGGGUGGCUAACGCCGCUCCUCCUCCAACGAGUCCGCCCCCUCCAGCCAGAGCACCGAGUCGGCCCGGGACGAGGCGACGGCCGAGCGCCGGGAGUUCAUGCGGCACUACGUGGAGAAGAUCUUCACCGGGGGAGAUGAUUUGGACCAAGAAGAGAAGGCCAGGUUCGGUGAGCUGUGCAGCGGCGAGAACGGGAAGGGCAGGGAGUGGUUCGCGAGAUACGCUCGAGGAGGGGCAGCAACCACGAGGCUGCUUGGGCCGCCAUCGCUGGCUAUCUUCACCGAAUCCUCCCCCCGUGUCAGGUGUCACCAGAUGGAUGACUUCAGCCCUGCCAAGAACCUCAUGACCAUGUGUUUCACCUACUACUACGUGGGCAAGACCCACGCGCUGCCCUUGGAGGCCAAAGAGAAGCCCACGGGCAGCAUCGACUCGUACCUGAAGUCGGCGAACAGCUGGUUGGCAGAGAAGAAGGACAUCGCGGAGCGGCUGCUGAAAAACACGUCGGCCAAGACGGAGAACGUCAAGGGCUUCUUCGGUGGCCUGGAGACCAAGCUGAAGGGUCCUACCACCAGAAAGAGCGACGAAGGUGAGGACAAACCAAAGGAGAAGCUGAAGAAGACGGUUUCCGUGCAGAGCCCAGAGGAGGAGAAGAAAGGAGAGAAGGUCUACCUGUACAUGCACCUCAAGCAGCAGCCGAUCUGGCACAACCUGCGGUUUUGGAACGCCGCCUUCUUCGACGCCGUGCACUGUGAGCGCAGGAAGCGGUCCCCCACCACCAGAGGGAACGCUGGGGAGGAAGAGGAGAAGAGGGAGAAGUGGUGCCACAUGACGCAGGAGGAGCGUGACGACAGCCUCCGCUUCAACGAGAACAUCACCUUCGGGCAGCUGGGCACCUUCAUUCACAACAUGUUGGCGUUCGGCCUGAACAAGAAGCUCUGCAGCGACUUCCUGAAGAAGCAGGCGACCAUCGGCAAUUUGGAGGAAGAGCAAUACAAGCUGCUCAGCGACCACAUCGAGCAGAUGGCCACGGAAUAGCUGCCUGGCC